GUACGUGAAGGCAGCGCGUUGGACCGGUGCCGCAUCCUCGUGACGUCAUUUUUAUCCGACGCCAAAUCUAAUCGUGUUUCCAGCGUCGGAUCAGAUAUUUCUGUCAUACGUGCGGAGGAUGAACCUCCAACCGGGCUGGCUGCUGCUUCUCUUCGUCUGUGCCGGGGUCCGGUUGGUGCCGGUCGAUCGCAAUGCGGCGAACCAGGAAGCCAAAGCGGAAGUCCCAGAGGAGAACGGGGACACCGGCCUGUACUACGACCGGUACCUCAGAGAGGUGAUCGAGGUGUUGGAGACGGACCCUCACUUCAGAGAGAAACUGCAAACGGCCAACAGCGAAGACAUCAAGAACGGGCGUCUCAGUAAAGAGCUGGACCUGGUCGGUCACCACGUGAGGACCCGCCUGGAUGAGCUGAAGCGUCAGGAGGUUUCCCGCCUCAGGAUGCUGCUCAAGGCCAAACUGGACAGCACCAACACGCAGAGCCUGCAGAUGGACCACGCCUCCCUGCUGAAGCAGUUUGAACAUCUGGAUCCCCACAAUCAAAACACGUUUGAGGCCAAAGACCUGGAGCUGCUGAUCACCACGGCCACCAAGGACCUGGAGAACUACGACGCCGAGCGGCACGAGGAGUUCAAGCGCUACGAGAUGCUGAAGGAGCACGAGAGGCGGGAGUACCUGAAGGGCCUGGACCAGGAGAAGAGGGAGCGGGAGGAGAAGAGACUGCAGGAGCUCAAGGACAGGCACCGGCAGCACCCCAAAGUCAACGCUCCGGGGAGCGUGGCUCAGCUCCGCGAGGUUUGGGAGGAGACGGACGGACUGGAUCCGCAGGAGUUCAACCCCAAAACCUUUUUCAAACUGCACGAUACGAAUGAAGACGGAGUCUUAGAUGAGCAGGAGCUGGAGGCUCUUUUCACCAAAGAGCUGGAGAAAGUCUACGAUGCAAAGAACGAGGAGGACGACAUGAUGGAGAUGGAGGAGGAGAGGCUGAGGAUGAGGGAGCAUGUGAUGAAGAAUGUGGACGCCAACAAAGAUCGCCUCGUCACCCUGGAAGAGUUCCUCAAGUCCACGGAGAAGAAGGAGUUCAGCAACCCCAAAGAGUGGGAGACGCUGGAAACCCGCCCCGUGUACACGGAGGAGGAGCUGCAGCGCUUCGAGGUGGAACUCCUCGACCGAGAGGAGGAGCUGAAGAGGAAGGCGGAGAAUCUGCGGCAGCAGCAGGAGCUGCUGAAGGAGCGCGGCAAAGCCCUGGAGGCCCAGAGGAAGGAGUACCAGCAGGCGGUGUUGGAAAUGUCCCACAGGCAGAAGGAGCAGCAGGCAGCCGACGGGCAGCCUCCCGCGGGUCCUAACGGGGAACUGCAGUUCCAACCAGAGGCACAAAAAGUGGAAGACGAAGCUGAGCGGCCGGCCGAGGGCCAGAACAUUCUGCCUGCAGAGCCGCCACAGAACCUGCCUUCACACACUUAGUGCAGCACGCACACACACACACACACACAAUCUGCACUGACACAGAUAUCCAGAUGCGUCCAACAACCAGAAUAACAUGAAAUGUUUGAAUAAAUUCAGACAGAUUUGGCCUGUGAAUCAUGAAAUAUUUUACUGUGUUCAUCUCUGUGGUCUCCUUCAGAGAGAUAUAGAUAUAUAUAUAUAUAUAUAUACAUAUAUAUAUGUGUGUGUUUACAGAAAUCUUCAGUUUCAUUGAAGUUUUCAUUAUUGACGGGUCUUUGGUGUAAAAUCCUAAACAUCUAUGAAUAAAGUGAUAAUUUAAAACCUCUGAA